UUCACAUAAACUUUCAACAAACUCUCAAGCCUUGAGCGUUGCGUUUUUAAGACGGCGCGUCAAAUUAAAAAAGUAAGGGGCCGUUUACAUCAAACAGGUGUUUUCGUCAGUGCGCUCAAUUUUCAAUUGUUUUCGUAAGUAAACAUGCGCAAUGGACCAUUGCGUCGUUUCGCAAUGCGUUUUUUAGACGCCUUGUCAGUCCAAGACACUUGCGUUAUGUGAUGUAUGCGAUGCGCUGCGUCUAGUUUUCGAGCGAAAGUUCGGUCUCAACGGCCCCUUGUUACAUUUAAAAACGCAAUCUGUUCCGUCUAGCUGUUUUAGCAUGCGAGAACGCGUCUGCAGGCUACUUCAGCAGCUCACUGGGUUGGUUUUGAAACAGCCAAUGUGUGCGCGCGCUUUCGCUUUGACAAUCCGCGUUAAAGGAGGACUUUCCUGAAUUGCAGAUAAGGCUGACUGAGGUCAAGGAAAAUGAUGUAACGUUUGUAGGAGCCUUUGCAUUUUUUUUAUUCUUUGGAAACUUCUGGGGAGACUACUACAAACAGAAGAGUUAGUUCAGUCCCACUUCGGCAGAGAAAAAAAGAAAGAUGGAUCGUGUUUCGUAAAGGCAUUACUGACUCUCCGUACAGGUGUGACGACGAAUGCAGGGGAGAUGGGGGGCUGUUGGAGAUGCUGCUACAGGACGUGCACUUGUUGUUUGUCUGAAGAGGAGAGGAACGCCAUCACCAUACACAAUGAAAUCAAACGCAUCCUCGCCGAACAGAAAAGAAGAGAACGUAGAGAGAUCAAAGUGCUUUUACUAGGCACAGGGGAGAGCGGAAAGACAACUUUUAUUAAACAGAUGAGGAUUAUUCAUGGAAAGGGGUAUUCGGAAGAAGACAGGCGUGCCUAUGUUAAACUGGUUUACCAGAAUAUCUUCACAGCUAUGAAGGCGCUGACAGGGGCUAUGAACACCCUUAGGAUACCCUACGCUAGCCCACAGAAUGAGAUAUAUGGCCAACAGUUUCAGGAAGUGGAUAUAUGUCAGAUGACACAUUUGGACAGAACAUAUGUGGAAGCUAUUCGUCGACUUUGGUCUGACGCAGGUAUCAAAGCCUGUUACGGUCGUCGUAGAGAGUACCAGCUACUGGACUCUACUGAAUACUAUAUGACGAAUUUGGACCGCAUCGCAACCCCAGACUACAUCCCAACAGCCCAGGAUGUGCUCCGAGUGCGAUUUCCCACAACAGGCAUCAACGACUACUCCUUCAGUGUGGAGAAGAUCACUCUCAGGAUUGUGGAUGUAGGUGGUCAGAAGUCAGAAAGGCGAAAGUGGAUCCAUUGCUUUGAGAAUGUGACAUCGCUCAUAUUUUUAGCCUCUCUCAGCGAGUAUGACCAGGUACUGGAGGAGAAUAACAAAGAGAACCGUAUGAAAGAGAGCUUGUCGCUGUUCUACACAACCAUCCACUCGCCAUGGUUCGCAAAUUCCUCCAUCAUCCUUUUCCUAAACAAGAUGGACAUCCUGGCAGAAAAGAUCGAGAAGUCUGACUUGGUAACAUACUUCCCAAAUUUCCCAGGCGAACGGCGGAACAAGCAAGAUGCCAUGAAAUACAUCCACGAGAUAUAUAAAAAGAAGGCCAUGAAUGUGGAGAAAAAUGAAUGCAAAACCAUCUACUCUCACUUCACCUGCGCCACGGACACCAAUAACAUCCGGAUGGUUUUCAGUGACGUCAAAGACACAGUCCUCAUCAAAUCUCUGAGGGAGUAUGGAGUACUAUGAGCACGGAGUACUAUGAGCACCCCGAGAGGCACCCAUAAAGUGGCAGUCUGUUCGGGAUAUACCAGUGCAGAUCUGGCUUCGACUUCUGGUUUUGCAGCCAGAACUAUUAAACUGGACUCGGAGGGAUGGCUGGCUGUUAACUGUUUUUUCCUGGGCCACCUCCAUCCAACCUGCUAUUUCUUUCUCUUUUUUAUAUUCAUAAUCUGUUUGUUUUUUUGACAAUAUGGUAGAUAAUAUCAUAAAGGGACACUAAGCACACAAUGGCAUGGAUUAUGAUCAGGCUCACUCACAAUAUGCGCACACAGAAAUCUCUGCAGAUUUCCACAAAAUCUAAAUGCCGCUUGCAUGUUUGCUUAUUAAAUAUUUUGGCUAAUUUGAUAAUGCUUUCAGCAACUAAUGAAAGAGUAGUACUUUCAUAUCCGUUGAACAUAUUUUUCUGUGUUUGAAUCAUAUCCUCAGAAUUCUGUAAAUGAUCAGUGCAAGAAAUGUGAAAGAAAUCUGCAGAUUCCACCUGGGCCUAGUUAUAUAGCCUGAUUUUAUGAAAAUUGCAUGGUGACAUUUUUACAAAAUAACACUAUGUGGUUCAUUACAUAUAUCGCAGCAGUUCUGAGGUGUAAUGUCCACUGUGUGGUGCUACAAGAGAGUAUCAUUUUCUUCUAAACAAAUCAGAGAACACAUUUUUAGAGUUAAAGGAAUAUUCAGGUUCACGAUUGAGUUAAGCUCAAUCGACAGCGUUUAUGGCAUAAUAUUGAUUACCACAAAAACUAUUUUUGGCUCAUAUCUCCUUUUCUUAAAAAAAUUAAUUAAAAUCUUGAGGCACUUACAAUGGAAGUAAAUGGUUAAGUAACAUUUUUAUCGUUAAAAUACUGUUUCAAAAGAAUAGUCACAGGACAUAAAUUAUAUGAGUUGCAAACACAAUUUUAGUUUGAUAAAAUCACUUACUAACUUUUCCUGUGUAAAGUUAUAGCCAAUUUUUCAACUUGGUUACCAUGUUGAUGUAAUGUCAACAAACCCUUAAAUGACUAAAAUGUCAACAAACCCUAAAAAUUAUAAUUUAAACAACUUUACAGCUCAAAUAAUACGUUUUAACAGAAGAACAUUUAAUGUAAGUCCUUUUAUAAAAUCAUGAGCUUCACAUUUCUGUGUUUAAACCCUCAAAUAAUUGGCCCCAUUCAGUUCCAUUGUAUGUGCCUCACUGUAAACUCGAUUUUUUAUUUAUUUAUUUUAAGAAAAGGAGGGACAAGUCAAUUUACAUUUUUGUGGUUAUCUGCAUUAUGCCACAAAUGCUGUCGAUUGAACUUAACUUGUAUUGAACCCAGAAUAUUCCUUUAAUGCUCUAUCGAGUUCUAAAUAAACAAGACCUAAAUCCCUUCCCUAAACCUAAAUCUAAAUCUAUUGUCAUAAAAGCUAAUGUGACAUGAAAAAUGCAGUUUAGUGGUGUUUCUAGAACACUUUCAGCUCACUUGUCGACUGUUCUAGUCCUUUGCAUCACAUAUCAGUUGAGCUGCCAUGCAAUUGGGCUCGAACAAACUUUUAAAUGUAGUUGAGAGUGUAAUGCAAUAAAUAUAAUUAUCAUUAUUUACUCACUCUCAAAAUUAUAAAUCUUAAAUAUUGAUCUGUUUCUCACCCACACCAAUCAUAUCGUGUCUGAAAACAUGGAUUUAAACACUGAAGUCAUAUGGAUUAUGGUUAUAUUCCUUUACGUGGCCUUUUUGAACUUCCAAGUUUUGUCACCCAUUCACUUUCAUUGUAUGGACCAAAAGAGCUGAGAAAUUCUUCUAAAUGGCUUCAUUUGUGUUCAGCAGAAGAAAGUCACACAUCUGGGAUGCCAGGAGGCUGAAUAAAUGAUGAGAGAAUUUACAUUUUUCGGUGAACUGUCCCAUUUAGACAUGCGCUUUAAUAAAACCGUUGGAUGUCAUGAGAUAGUAUUGUGUGAGAAACAGGGCAAAAAGUAAGUGUUUAUGAACUGAUAAUCUGACGUUUUACUUGUGAUUCGUGUGAAAGGGCAUAAAACGAAUUUGUUGUAGCACCUCUAGUGUUUAUUUCACCAGGAGACUACCGCGAUACAUACAAUGAGCCACAUAAAAAUAAUUGUGCAAAAAUGUAUGAAUAACAUGUUACGGGAUUCUACAGGACCAACAGCCUUUCUAAAAGAAAUGUUUAAAUGCUGACUCAAAAAUUCCAUCCAUUCCCAUCACAUAUUUAAACCGAGUUCACUCUGAAGGUAUGAGGAAGUGUUUUAUAGUACUUCAGAUUGUUGCAGGAAUACGGCACAGCUGAAUGAUUUUCAGGGAGGUCUGUUUUGGUUUCGAGGGGGUGGGGGAACACUACUCUAUAGCUGCCAGGUACAAUUAGUUGACUCAGUUUAAAAAAGAAUACAGAGCAUAAUUUAGCUGAUCUUUACAUACUCAGUGUCUUGCCAAAAUAUUUGACUGUACUGAUUACUUUGAGAAAGAGAAUGGGGAAAUAGUGGAUUUACUCUUUAUUUAUUUAAAUAGGACUAAAAAAGUUGUAUAUUUCCUUUAUUUUAUUUGGCAUUAGUAGAACCUAAAAUGAAUCCAUUUUUUAUUAUAACAAGCAAAAGCCAGAUUACUCCAAAAUAUAGACAAUAGGGUCUAAAAUCUGAAACCAUUUGUGGAAAUGAUUUUGCAUAAUUUUGUAGUUUAAUACAGAAUUUUCCUUACAAAAUAUAUUGAUAGCCUAAAUUUUGGAAGAAUUUUUGUUUUUUUCAUAUGUUAUUAGUAUUUGGUUUCUUUCCCUUUUGCUUUAAUGACAUCAUGCACUUGACAUAACAUGGACUUCACAAGUUUGUUCAAAAUCUGGUGGUCCAUGAUUUGAGAGUGUUCUAGAGAGCAUCUUGUGUGCUUCAAUAGAAGACUUUGACCAUUUGUUUAAAGGAGUUGUCAUGGUCAGUGUCACAAAUAAGCUUACCUUUAAGUAGUGACCUAGAAAUAGUGCUUUCAUCUUUUAAUUUUUUACAUCAUACUUCGAAUAUGUUGUCUCAGGCUUUUGGACCCCAUUGUAUGCAAUUUUCAAAUAUUGCUGAGUAACAUUUAUGGAAGCUUUUACAUGUGGAAAAAAACCAAACAUUUUUGCAUCUGUUUUACUGCUACAUUCAUUUCACAAACUUAUACAUUAAUGUAUGUUGAGCAAUUCUGUUUUGUUAUGUACUAUUUUGUAUAUUAUGUACACUCAAAAAACUUUUAAGAUUUUCAAUUUCAUAAAAACAAAUUACACAAUUCAAAUUAAUGGAAUUUUGUAAUGAAAUUGCAAACAAAAAAUGAUGUCAUGAAACAUAUUUUUUUAAUGAAAUUGAAAAUCAAAAAUCUUGAAACAAUAGGCUACAUUAUGUUUUUAAGUGUAUUUACAUUUGUUUCUGCAGAAGUCUAUAUUACAAUAGUAUUUCAAAGGGGAAAGUCACUUUCAGUGAUAAAACUGUCAUAGUUCAAAUGCACUGGGAUGUAUAUUGAUUUUAAUUUAGUAUUAAUUUCAACAAAACUCUGCUAAUUAUGUAAGGUCUUCUGUUAAAAUGUCAUUUAUCCAGUUAGACAGAUCACAUCAGUCCAUAUGCUCUAAUUAGACAUGCGAGCUUUACAACAUAUUAGCAUGUUGAGUCAUGAAAGAUUAAGUCUGUUUUGCCAUAUGUUAUGCCUCCCUACAACUAAUUUGGACUUCCUGUGUUGCCAAUUAGACAUUCUAUAUAUCUAUAGUGCAUUGUAUUUUUUUAAAAAAUGCAAAUGUAUUAAUUUAACAGUCUUAUCUUGCUUGUCGACUUUAGCAACGAGAUGGUUCACCCAAAAAUGUAAUAUAAUUUACUCUCUCUUAUCAUAUCCCAGGUGUGUAUGACUUUCAUUUUUCUUCAGAACACAUUUGAAGAAAAAUAGAAAACUUUCUCAGCUCAGUUGGUCCUUUAAAUGCAAGUGGAUGGUAAUCCAAUUUUUAAAGCUCCAAAUUUCACAGAGAGUCAGCAUAAAUGUCAUCAAUAUGUCUCCAGCUUUUAAAUUAAUGUCUUCUGAGCAACGCAAUCACUUUUUGUGUAAAAAAGAUAAAUAUAUAAGUACUUUUUUAACUCUUAAUCAUGCUUCCUGUCAGCAGCAGUAUAUACGCGCGUGAUGUAAUCGCAUUGGCAUUUGAAACACGCGAGAACCAAAGCAUCACAGCCGUAAGAGGAGCGCUGUUUACAACUGACUUGGAGGAACGCUUUACUGUAGCUUGGUUGUUAUUUUUUUUUUCAUAGCUGUAUUUAUCUGUUUCUUUAUUCACAAUGGUGCGUUUGUGUGCUUAUCCUGGAUAUCUCAACCGAGGGGAGAACGUGAGAUUACGUCCAUAUCAUGGCAACGGUAAUACGUCACACGAGAGACCGAUUGAUCUCUACCCUCUUGUGAAGCUUAUCCAAAGUGAUGAUUUAGAGGAUGACCUUUAUGCUGACUAUUUGUGAAUUUUGGAGCUUAAAAAGUCUGAUCACCAUCCACUUGCAUUUUAAGGAGCUGAGCUGAGAUAUUUUUCUAUUUUUCUUCAAAUGUGUUCUGCUGAAGAAAGAAAGUCAUACACAUCUGGGAUAUCAUGAGGGUGAGUAAAUAAUGAGAGAAUUUUCAUUUUUGGGUGAACUAAGCCUUUAAUUAUUUUUUUGAAGGCUGUAUUACAUUGAUAUACAUAUAAACAUUUCCAGGGUCAAACUAGAUUUUAACACUUGCUGCUGAUUUCUACAACUUCUUGUGUGUUAUAAACUGGUUUUCUAUUAUGAAAUUUUACAUUUUGUUAUCUUUCCCCAUCUUCCUUUUCUGUUUCCCUCUACCUAAAUACCAAUUUUGAUCGAAUUUUCUGUUUCCCCUUUUUCUUGUUAAUGUCCUCCACCCUCCUCCAUCUCCACCCUAUUAUGAUGUCAGGAAAGACACAAAGUGUGAAGGAUGCGAAUACCUACAUCAGUGACCUGUACAUAAAGCAAAAUUUAAACCGCGAGAAAGGCGGGCAGAAAUCCAUUUACCACCACUUUACCUGCGCAACCGACAUCCGCAAGGUCUUCAGUGGUGUCAAGAGAACUGUUCUCAUCGGGGAAUUGCAGUUUUAUGGAAUGCUUUAAGAUGUUAAGGCUUCACCUGGGGUCACACAGAGUUAAAUGGAUAGUUUACCCAAAAAUACAAAUUCGGUCACAAUUUACUAAACUGAAACACAAUUAUUCUCCAAACAAUAUUUUAGUACAUUUAUAAGAUUUACACAUUUUAAUUUAAUUACAAAAUUCCAUCAAAUUGAAUUAUUUUAAACUUUAUUCAAUUAAAUUAUUAAUGAUUACUUAAUUCAAUUUGAAAGAAUUUUAUGAAAUUUAAAUGCGUAUAUCUUUAAAAAAAAGAAAAGAAAAGUAAACUAUGACAGAAUGUUUAUUUCUGGUUGAACUAUUCCUUAAACAGCGCAAAACAAUCUUUGCUGCUCCCUGGAAAGGCAUAAAAAUAUGAAGGGUACUAAUUAAAAAGCUACACAAAAAUUUAUGUCAGAAUAAGCAAAGUUUAUUUGUUAUGGUUUGGUUAAACGGAUACUGCAUUCGAUACAAUUACAACUAGGGAUGCACCGAUACCACUUUUUCUCUUCCGAUUCCGAUAUUGGAAAUCUAAGUAUCGGCCGAUACCGAUCUGAUACCAGUAUUGGUUUUUUGCAUAAUCAGUUUAGAAUAUCUUUACAUUAUUGUGUGGAACUAAUUGAGAGUACUCUUUAAUAUGUAAAGACACACAAACCUCUAACUACACAUUAUUUCAAUAUAAAUGUAUAGCUUAUUAAGAAACACUUUAUUAUUAACUAGUAUACUGAAUAAUGUAGCAGCAAAAUUAACAGUCUUUAAAGUAUUCAGAUCUCUUAUUUGGUUUUAGUUGUAAGAUAUCAGCUCACUUUUCAUUUCACAGUUAUUUUUUGGAACCCAUUCGACUUAAAUAUUAUUAUCAUUGCUAAACAAAUUAUAAUAAUAUAUUAUACUAGUAAUAUAUCUCAAUCGUGCACCUUUAACUUUUAAACCCUCACGCUUUUAUUUUGACAUUCUGAACUCUCCAGGAAGUCCUGUAUGUGUGUCUGUAGGCAAGUUCACAGUUUAAUUUGCUUCUUAUUCAAAUUCUGGUAAAAAUGCACCUCUAAGCCAUUCUAAAUGCAUAUUAUAAGUGAACAAAACCUCAAGUGUGUGUGUAAACAGAGCAGCGGCAUUCACUGACGCGCUGGCACUGCACGUGCAUACUAUAUAUUUACUUAAAUACAACCUUUUGUGAUUCACAGAGCUAUCGCACAUUUUCAAGUGGCUUUGAAUAAAAUGCACAAGUCAUAUGAACUACAUUUAAUGGUGUUUUGAUGGUUCUUUUGUCAUUUUUGGAGCUUGACAGUAACAAACAUUACUAACACACAGUAUCAGAUUUGGAUUGGGCUCGUCAGACCCAAUCCAUCUAAAAGCUUCAGUAUUGGAGCUGAUACCAAUCCAGGUAUCAGAUUGGUGUGACAAGUCAUUGACUUAUACCUCACUCUACCAUUCUGUACUUUUUUAUUCAGUGAACUUGAUUUGAACUUCAAUGAUGGAGUUGCAUUUGGAAGUAUUUAGUUAUAUUUCUUGGCAAAUGUAACUUUUAAACUUGUCUGUAAGCUUUACUGAAAUACUUUUCCUUUUCUUUUGAAAUAGAAUAUCACAAAAUGUUAAUAACUGAAUUGAAAAAGAUGGCGCACUGUAUUUCAUAUGGGCCAGAUACUGUAUACUGGAAAGUAAUUUGAGUUCAAUAUUAGUUUGUAAUGCAAAGCCUCUUUAAAAUU